AUGUUCAUUAAGAACGAAAUUCAAAAAAAGAAAAAAAUUAUUUUUUCUUUUUUAAAAUUACUUGCUUUAAAUAAACCCGAAUGGAUUUAUAUUUUAUUCGGUUGCAUUACAUCUCUAAUUAACGGAGGAAUUGAACCAGAUUUUGCAUUAAUUCUUAGUAAAUUGGUUUCAGUAUUAGACGAAUGUAAUUUAUCUGAACACAUUCGUAAUGUUAAUUUUUAUAUUAUAUUAUUUAUUGUUUGUGGUAUAGUUAUAUUAGUUACAAUGUUUUUACAAAGUUUCUUUUUUUCUAUGUCAAGUGAAGGUUUAACAUUUCGUCUUCGUUUUCGUGCAUAUCAAACAAUGUUAAAAAAUAAUGUUUCUUGGUUUGAUCGAGCAGAGAAUAGUACAGGAAUACUUUGUGCACGAUUAUCAACAGAAGCAUCAGCUGUACAUGAGGCGACAGGAGUUUUAUUAGAAAUCUUUUUAAGAAGUUUUGCUAAUUUAGCAAUUGGUAUUAUUCUUGGUUUAUAUGCAAGUUGGCAAUUAACAUUAUUGAUGUGUAUUUUUGUUCCAUUUUUAAUUUUAUCCGGUUGGUUACAAACCAAAGUUUUAUCACGAUUUGUUAAAAUGGAUUCUAUUGCAAUGGAAAAAGCCGCAAAUAUUGUUGCACAAGUAAUACAAAAUAUUCGUACAGUUGUACAAUUAACAGAAGAAAAUUUUUUUCUUGAAAAAUAUAAACAAAUUAUUGAUAAACCUUAUAAAAAAUUGAAACUUCGAGCACAUUUGAAUGCAUUACUUUUUGCUCUUGCAAAUUCAAUAUCAUUUUUUGCUCAAGCAGCUCUUUUUAGUUUUGGAGGAUAUCUUGUGAGAAAAAAUUAUAUCUUAUUUGAACAUAUUAUUUUAAUAUUUUCUAUUGUUACAUUUGGUGCUGUAUCUGUCAGUCAAUCAUUUGCUAUGGCUCCUAAUUAUGCAAAAGCACGAUCUGCUGCAAAGAAACUAUUUAAGUUAUUUGAUCUAGAAUCUCAAGACCUUGAUAAUGUUCAAUCAAGAAAUGACAAAGAAGAAACGAAAGGUUUUGAUGGUAUUGAAUUUAACAAUGUUACAUUUGCAUAUGAAAAUCGAUCUGAUGUGACAGUUAUAAAAAAUUUCUCCUUGAAAAUAGAACCAGGACAACAUAUUGCAUUAAUUGGUGCUUCUGGUUGUGGAAAAAGUACGGCUAUUCAAUUAAUUGAACGAUUUUAUGAUUAUUCUCAUGGAAGUAUAAUAAUGAACUCGAAAGAUAUUCGACAAAUGAAUAUAAAAGAAUUACGUGCUAAAAUGGCACUUGUUUCUCAAGAAGCAAUUUUAUUUGAUGUUUCAAUUCGUGAUAAUAUUAAAUAUGGAGAUUUGCUACCAAAGGGUUAUUCAACAAUGGUUGGAUCUCGUGGACUUCAAUUAUCUGGUGGAGAACGGCAACGUAUAGCUAUAGCACGAGUAUUAGUCAGACAUGCUAAUCUACUUUUAUUAGAUGAACCGACAUCAGCACUUGAUACGAUAAAUGAAAAAAUUGUUCAACACGCAUUAGAUGAAGCGCAACAGGAUUAUACAUCUAUAACUAUUGCGCAUCGAUUAACAACAGUUAAAAACUGUCAUGUCAUCUAUGUGAUUGAUCGAGGACAUGUUAUUGAAUCAGGAAAUCAUGAACAACUGAUGAAUCAAAAAGGUUAUUAUUAUAAACUUGUGAAAUGUUCACAAACAUAA